AUGUAUUCUUCUGAUGCAGCAAAUUUGAAGCGUAAAAUGACAAAAUAUGUGAAAAAUGUGAAAGAAUUAAUGAAGGAAGAAGCUACACAAUCACAGAAGUCACAAAUUAAAAAUUCUCGAGAACCAGAAAUGUCAACAGCCAUACAAAAAUCGGAAAUGCAAUUAACUUUAAAUACAGAACGUAAACCUGCAAUAAAUCAGGAACAGUUUGAUAAAAAACAUGGCUAUCGACGGAGUCGAUUACCGAUUAUUUGUUGGCUUCUAACAUAUGAUUGGCAUGAAGAUUUAUUACAAGAUAUUAUCAAUGGUAUCAUGAUAUCAAUUAUUUACAUUCCACAAGGUCUUGCAUAUGGUUUAAUGGUUGGUAUACCACCGAUAUAUGGUAUCUAUACAGGUAUCGUUGGACCAUUGGUUUAUAUUUUUCUUGGAACAUCACGACAUGCUUCUACUGGUGCUUUUGCAAUUAUUUCAAUGAUGGUUGGAUCAGUAAUUGAGCAAACAUUAACGGAAUCAAAAUUAACAUAUAAUGAAACGGAUCGACUUUGUUGCUCAGAAAUAACUCAAAAACCGGAUCCCGAAAAAGCUAUUCAAUUAUCAUCAUUGAUUGCAUUCUUUGUUGGUAUCAUACAGGUAGUCUUAGGACUUUUAAAUGCUGGCUUAUUAGCUGUUUGGUUAUCAGAUCAACUUGUGGAAGGAUUGACAUCUGGUGCAGCAGUACAUGUCCUUGCUAGUCAACUUCAAACAAUGACUGGUGUUAGAAAUGUACCCCAUACAUCCGAAAUGUUUGGAAUUGUUCGAUUUAUGAUAUGUUUUUUUCGAAAUAUCCAUACAUUUCAAUUGCAUACAUUCCUCUGUACCGUUAUUUGUAUUCUCACCUUAUUAAUAUCAAAAUUAAUUAUUGAUCCGAUCAUUAAACCUUGGACAAAAACAAGAUUUCCAAUGGAAUUUCUUCUGGUCAUAUUUUCCAUUUCUUUAUGCUAUUUUGCAACCGAUACACCAUUUGAUUUACAUUUGCAUAUUGUUGGUGAUGUUGAUGCCGGAAUGCGUGCACCAUUUUUUCCUGAUUUUGGCGAAACCGGAAAGAUUAUUUUUUCGGCUUUUUCAAUUGCUAUUGUAUCAUUUGUUAUACAUAUUGCACUUGCAAAAUUAAUUGCCAAAGAAUAUAAGUAUCAAAUUAAUGUUAAUCAGGAAUGGUUAGCAUUGGGUACAAUGCAUAUUGUAGCAUCAUUCUUUGGUUGUUUUGCUGGCGGUUCAUCGUUAAGUAGGACAAUAACAAGUGCAAAAUUGGGGUCAAAGUCACAGCUAACAACAUUAGUAGUAGUAAUAGUACUACUAAUUAUUGCCUUUGGAGCUGCACCUUUAUUCAAAUAUUUACCUAAGACGAUAUUAUCAUGUAUUGUCGUGGUUGCUAUGAAAGAAUUAUACCUAAAAAUAUGUUGGUCACGUGUACUUUUACAAGAAUCAACCGUUGAUUUUUUCAUAUUUUUGGUGACAUUUACAGCAGUUGUUCUGAUAAAUGUUAAUAUUGGACUUGCAAUUGGUAUUGUUUUUGCUCUUCUUACUGUCGUCUUACGAUCACAAUGGGCAGAAAGUACAUGUAUGGGACGCAUUCCGGGGACAUCCGAUUUCAAAGGUAUUGGUCAUUAUCGUGCAGCUAUGGAAAUUUCCGGUAUUAAAGUAUUCCGAUUCGAUGCACCAUUGUAUUUUGCAAAUGCUGAAUUAUUUUUAUCAAGCAUGCAUAGCGCAACAGGUCUUGAUCCAUUAAAUAUUGUCGCAAAACUUAAGCAAACUGUUACUCAAAAGAAAAAAGCCACAGAUGAUAAUGAUAAGAAAAAGAAUAAAAGUGUUGAUCAUGAUGAAGAAAUUCAGUUGACAGUACGGCGACAUUGUAUUCAUCCAUCGAAACGAAAUAUUGAAAGAAAUGAGGAAACAGAAGAUUUAAUCCAGUUGACACAUAUUAUUGUCGAUUGUUCAUCAUUCCCGUAUAUUGAUUUAAUGGGUGUUGAUGCAUUAGCACGAGCACAUAUCGAAUAUAAAGCAAUUAAUAUUACCGUAUUUUUUGCCUGUUGUAAAGUAGCUGUACGACAAAUGUUCGAAAAUGCGCAUUUUUAUGAGCAUGUGCCGAAAAGUUACAUGUUUGUAUCAUUGCAAGAUGCAGUUGCGCAAGCGCAAUUUGAGCAACAACAAGAUAUUCGAUUUGGUAGUAGUGCUGAAGCAAUUCCGAGUAAAAUUAUGGUUUGUUUCUCGUCCUAUUAA